AUGGUUCGUAGCGGAAAGAAUGGUGGGCUCCAUCUGAAACAAAUCUCCUAUUACAAACGAACAGGAGAAUAUCAUCCAACUACGUUAGCAAGUGAGAGAAGUGGAAUAAGAAGAGCAGCCAAAAAAUUUGUUUUCAAAGAAAAUAAGUUGUUCUAUGUGGGAAAAGACAGGAAACAGAUGCGUUUGGUAAUUGUUUCAGAUGAGGAGAAGAAGAGAGUGCUACACAAAUGCCAUGAAAGUGCUGCAGGUGCUCAUCAUGGCAUAUCGAGGACUCUGACUCUGGUGGAGUCUAGUUACUACUGGACUUCCAUAACAAAUGAUGUCAAACAGUGGGUGUAUGCUUGCCAGCAUUGCCAGGUGGCAAAGAAUACAGCCAUCAUAGUACCCAAAUUACACCCUAUCAAAGCAGAGGAUCCAUGGACUGCAGUCACAAUAGACCUAAUGGGACCUUUUAAUACCACCCGCAGAAACCAUAUGUAUGUCAUAAUGAUGACAGAUUUGUUCACAAAAUGGGUGGUGGUUCUGCCACUACAAGACACUUCAGCGGUAGAAAUUGCUAAGGCAAUUGUCAGUGUGUUUUUCUUGUAUGGACCGCUUAAAAAAAUGGUUAUUGAUCAAGCAGAAGAGUUUGUUCAUCAGAUCAACAGAGAACUAUUUGAGCUCUUUGGAAUGAAACAAAUAGUAUUGUCCUAUCCUCAGACAGAUGACACAAAUGAAAGAACAUGCAAGACAAUCAAGACUUUCCUGAACAAGUACUGUGCAGACCACCCCAAUGACUGGGAUGAUAAUUUAUCUGCCAUUGCAUAUGCUUUUAACUUGACUCCCAUGGUGCCAGUCCAAAACACACCAUAUUUCCAAAUGUUUAAUCGUAACCCUUAUGUGUCUGAGACUUCAAAUGUACUGCAGGAAGCACAAGUGGAUAAUAAAUGUAUGUUUGCCAAAAUCCUUGAAGCAAUUAAACAGGCUGAUCGAGUAUUGGAGGAAAGGAAAGCUACAAAAUGCCAGAUUGUGAAAAAUAGUAUUGAUGAACAGCAAACUGGAAACAAGGUCAAUAUUAAAAGGAAGCCAAAGCAAGUAAAUCCAUUUCAUCUUAAAGUUGGACAUGAAGUGCUUAGACAAAGGAAAAACUGGUGGAAAGAUGGCCGUUUCCAAUCCGAGUGGGUUGGUCCCUGUAUUAUAGACUACAUCACAGAUAAUGGAUGUGCAAUACUAAGAGAUACCACAGGAGCCAGACUAAAAAGACCCAUCAAAAUGUCUCACCUUAAGCCAUACAUAAGAAGAUCCAAUGGACAAGACAACCAUUAUCUCUUACAAGGUGCAAUAGUGGUUGACCAUGACUACGUUGGCUUAUCGGAAAGUUUGUAUGGGCCAUGCCCACAAGAUGCCAUUGCCGAAGGGGAAGUAAAUACCCUUGCAGCAAACAAUCUGCUGCCUCCACCCUGCAAAGACAGUGAACCAUCAGAAUGUAAAAGUCAGUCUGAGUUUACUGAAGAUCAUAGCAUUCUGCCAGCUAACUCAAAUCCAGAACAAUGGUCUUCAGCCUGUUGGACUCUUCAAACCAAGCUAGAGGAUACUUAAUAAAACCCCACAAUGUUUCACUAGAAGAAAUGGUCCUAAUCUUCUCUGGUGGAAUGGAAAGGGCUUUAGUAGCUUUAAAUUCCUUAGCCAAGUUUUAAAUAUUGAAAUGUUAGAUACUUGUAUUUACAACUGUAUAUGUUUGGGAAUAAUAGUAUGUGUCUGGUAAUUAGUUUGUAUAUAUGCACUGACAUGCUUAUUUCACAAGGAAUAUGGGAAUAGUUUAGUAAAAACACAUUUCACCACUAUACAAUAGGCAGUGUGGUCCUAUCCACAGUGCAUUAGUCCUUAACCACAAAAGUACAGCAUAGCAUUCCAUUUUAUGGCUUCUUCACUAGUCCUGUGGGUGGUUCAAGAGCUCUGAAAACUCCAGCACUGUAAGCUGAACAACCUGACCAAAGUCUGCCUCCAGCUCCAGGAAGGUGAAGUGGUUCACACCCUCCUACUAUUCUACAACUUUGUUUCCAGCUCUUUGGGGAAGUUGUGAGCUCUGCCUUUUAUACCUUCUAUUCUUCAUCGCUGGCGCAAGACUCUACAACCACAUGAAAUAGCAGAGCUGCCAAAGCGCAGUGCAAGAACUGUUCUGCUUGAGAAACAAAUAACCCUACAGUGACGUGGGCAGAAUUUCACCAGUUUUACUCCCAGCCCAUCAAAACGCUUUAAGGAAAGGAGGUUUUUAGAGUCUUUUAGUCAUGUUGAGGCUGCCUAAAGCACGAACAGGGACUGUCUCUGCUCAUCUCCAUAUCUUCAAAGCAAAUCUCAAAGAGAUAUAGUCUCCUUGCAGCGUCAGCACCACACCAAUGGGUUUGUGGAGGUGCUUAGGACUGCCUGGCUGGAUGCUUAGUCUGUCCCUGUCAUUGGUGAUUUUUAUCAUGCCAUCAUGUGAUUGACCGUGUAGUGACAGUCCUUGG